AUGGCAAAUGCGACAGAGAUGGACGGGCAAUUUUCAAAAACGCCGAUUUUGAAUCCCCAGAAGAGUAAGGAUGGUCUCUGCAGCGAAACUCGUCGACACAAACAUUGCAACAAUCGCAUCGCUUACGCCAAUACAUGGGCUGAAGAUGUACAGAAUUACCACACAGCGAAAUCCGUUUUGCCGUGGAAACCGCAACAGAACCAGGUCGUAAAGUACGUGACUCGUUACGAUAAAUCACGUGAGGAACGAGAGUACGACGUAGUGCUCGGUCGCUACCGUAAUGGUGAUAAGGAGAUUGGUCAGCAGCAGCGUGAGAGUUUGGAACGGAUGCAUAAUCUCGAAAAAGGACGGGCUAAGCAGCUUCGAACAAUGCAGCGCUUUAAUGUGAUCAGUAACGAACCCAUCGUUCCUGAAACAAAAGAUAGCACGAACAAGCAAUUGAUCGCACAGCCGUACCGGACAAAACACGAAAGUGAGUACAACAUCGUUACUAAUAUAUCUCGCGACGGUGUUAGCGUGCCUUCUGCUUCUGACAAUGCUCACACGUCUUCACAACCUCAACGAGAAUAUAACAUUGUCACAAACAAGUAUCAUGCUUUUCAUGACGUCAAAGUAGAGCAAGAAUCAGCAGAGGCUAAGCGGUUAGCAGUUCAAAAGUAUUUUCAGACACGGACUUUUGAUCCUGUUCAAAUCACACUUGUAGACAAAGAUCGGGAAAAGGAAUUUUUGCUUAACCGAUAUGCACAGCAACAAAAACACGGUAAAGAUCGGAAUUCACUGCUUCCACCUCGAGAGCAAAGCUCGGAAGGUCAUUUGUACAACAUUCUCAAUCAACACGUGAUUGAUGCGGAGAGGCUGGCUACUAGGGAUAAACAUGAGCGGCGUCCUCUCAAUAGAAUAAAAAAGACUGCGGUUGAAGAAAGAAUGCGCGAGACCGGCUUAAGUCAACAAGCUCGGGACACAGAUCUGUGUUUAAAUCGCUUUUCUCAUGAUCGCUAUGUAGAAAACUCGAUACACGGAUUUGAUGUUAUAUCUAAUAAGCCAUAUGCCGGUCGAUCCGCCAAGCCGCUCGUAAAUCCAAGAUCGCAUACAGCGCUGACGGCCUCGCAAACGAUCGAAAGUGGUCUUUCAGUAAGUAAUCGAGUCGCGCCGUCGCAACGACCGUUAUCAAAUUUGCAAGCCGAUCAAUUCGACACGGGAAAAGCUAAUAUACGAAUCAACGAUCCGGCUCUCGACUCACAUCAAAUGUCUGCUAGCCACCCUUUACGACCGACUCCUGGAGCAUUCGUUCGAACAUGUGGGUUUGAAAAGGAGUGA